AUGGAUUCCGACAUCCCGCUCCCACCACCCUGUCGCGCCCGCCAGCAAACAGCUUUGUCCAGAUACCCCCCACACCACCGCAGCGAUUACUUCACGUUCGACUGCAGCCUGCCAUCUAGUGAUCCCCCGCUAUUCUCUAGUGAUGAUUUCCAAUCUUCCGCGCUAGAGAACUAUCAUAAUGGCUCAGAUCAACAGCACCAACAGCACCAACAGCACCAACAGCAGCAGCAGGAGGAGGAGGAGGAGGAGGAGGAGUGGAACGCGGCGACGCGUCCCGGUAGCAGCGGCAGUCGAGCGCAGACGCAGACAACGAGGAAGCGCCAAUAUCGAGGUACAUGGUGGGGGGAAGAGGAGGCAGAGAUGAAGAACAAGAUCAUGCUGAAGAAGGGCGACAGAUAUGCGACGGCGGGAAAGAAGCGGAGGACGGAGUUUAAGGAUAAGCGCAAUAUAGACAGUGGGGUAUGGUUUGGUAGUGAUGAUUCUGUUGAGUCGGCGGUGUCGAAUAAUAGCGAGUUGGAGGGGGAUGAUUGUAAUGGGCGUGUUGUUCCUGGCCCGUAUUAUGCUACAGGCGUUGCUGGUGGUGCUGGUGCUGGUGCUGGUACCGAUGGCAGGAGUGGAUAUCUUGAAACUACAGAAGAGCAAACUGCUAUCCUACGCGGUCCCAUAUUUGCACGAAGCCGCCAAGCUGUUGAUCGUGCGAAUGCUACUAAGGCGAUGCAGGUGGACGAGCCGUCUGAGCAUCGCCAGGCGCGGAAAGUUAUUACGGAAUGUCUUGAGACGGGCCUUGAGUUUAUUGAUAUUUCAAAUCUCAACCUACGCACCAUCCCUUCGGGCCUUCUCCGGCCCAUUGCCCAAUUCACAAAAUACCCCAUCAUUCCCAAAAUGGAUAAAAUACCCUCGGUGUCUCCUCCCAACUGCGAACAGUUUUUCAGCUCCUUCGAGCCCUUCCUCUGCCUCUUCAUGACAAACAACAGGCUGAAGACUCUGCCUGCCGAAGUUUUCGAGCUCUCCAAUCUUAGCGUCCUAAGCGUACGCCACAACGAGCUCGAACAGAUCCCGGGCUCCAUUGGCAACCUGACAAAGCUUCGCGAACUGAACGUGGGAGGGAAUCAGCUUUCUUAUCUGCCGUUUGAGGUGUUGCAGCUAUUGCAGAAAAACCACACUCAUAUGAGACAGCUGGCUGUACAUCCGAACCCGUUCGUCAUGCCUGAGAGCUCGAUCGUGGCAGAGUGGCAUUGUAAUGUCGCUUCAGAUGGCGUGUUCACUCAAAGAGGACAAGAAGAGAGAAAGGAAGAAGGGGAUGAAGCCAUAAGCGUGCCUGCACCAUUAUCAACAGAAAUACGACCAGCAUCCGCAGGUUCAGUUCCCAUCCCUAUCCUCAUUGCAAAAGGGAUCGUGCAAUUUUUCGACGCGGAGGGGCGCCCAGUUGCCGUACCCGAGCCAAUCACCAAUUCUAAUACUAGCACCACGUCCUCCUCCUCUUCCCCCUAUUCUCCCACGUUAUCAUCAACAUCGCCAUCAUCCUCCCCGUCUUCAUCUUUGUUCUCCCCCAGCCUCCGCGAUAUUGCCCUACGCGCCUACAACCGCGGGCCACAAAUCUCCCACCUCAUCGACCCAGACACCUUCGCCGGACCCGCCAUUAUCCUCGACCUUCUAAAGCACGCUGAGAAGGUCCGAGAUGCUGGCGGCAAGAAGUGCUCGGUUUGUGCCCGGCCGUUCGUGAUUACGCGGGCGCGAUGGAUAGAGUGGUGGGAUUGUGAGUCGCAUGGGAUGAGUGCUCCGCGCCAUGGCGGUGACGGUGGCGGUGUUGGUGUUGGCGUUGGUGUUGAGGUGGAUGAUUAUGGGGUGUCGCGGACGCUUAGAGCAGAGAUGUCGCGGAUUGCGAGGGGGAGGGCGUUGAAGCCGCUUCCGUUUUUGAGGGAGGUUUGUUGUUGGGGGUGUGCGCCUGGGUUUGGGUCUGGCCGGGGAUUCGUAGAGGAGGGGAGGUAAGGUUAUGUAAUAUAUGUGGUAUACCUAGGUGCAAGGGAGUUUGGAGGGGAGGAGCGGUGGGGAGGGUUUCAUUAAUGGCUCCUUUUUUUCCUUGUUCUGCAUAGCGUUGGGUGCUGGUUGCUGAGUUGCUGAGAAAUACCCCCCGAAUGCAUAUAUUAUGUGUGGAAAGUAUAGAUAUAUGGAUGUAUGCAUUAUGCAUAUACUUCACUGCGGAGUUGGCAGAGAGCUUGCUUUCCGUUUCUCUUGCCUUUUCCCAUGUACUAUCUUUUGAGUAUCUAGAAUUUUCUUAUCAGGCUAGUUCGAGCCUUUGUAAUUAAUUAUUGGUAGUGUUUGUUGGCAGGUAGCUUGAAGGACAUAGCUUUCCAAGUACAUAACUCUGCAUCUCAUCUAUCAAGCUUGCAUUUAUGCAUUGGGUAUACAAAGAUGGUGCGUUAAAAACCCGGGGUGUUUACAAUCAAAUAGAUUAAUAGAAGUUGUUGUAUGCAGCAAGCAAUCGCUUCCAGCACACGAGACUCA